AUGGGACCAGGCAUUCAAGAUUAUCCCUUACUACUGCAACGAGGGACACUGAAAAAGGACAGUCAAAGCCAUGAAACCCACAAAGGAAUGGUAAUUUCCAGUGGUGGAAAGGGACAUCCAAGUACCAAAGGAGUAGAGAAACCACUUUCCCCUGUGAGACCUUCUCCCAGCAGAUUAAGCAAAAGUAUUUUAAAUACCACCAAAAAGACUUUCCAUUGCACCCAGGAUGAUAGUCAACCAAGUUUUCUUUACAAGGAAAGAAACAGGCUAGAUGAGGCUCAUCAGCAAAACAGAAUGAUGAGUGUUUGCACAUCACUGUACAAAGUACGAGGGGCAAAGAAGGACCUCACAGAAAGAAAGCAAAGUGAAUCUGGACUACACAGAAUCCCUUCCAAUUUGAAGGGGAAUUCACAAAGUGGCUCCAGUAGGGCAGAAGAUGCACUGAUGCAAAGAUUUUAUUCUAAUCAAAAAGGAGAAUCUCAAAGAAGUCUUGGAGAGCAUGUGACUGAAGCUGUCCGUUGCACUUCUAAAUAUCCAGGGACCUCUGUGAAUGAGAUGUUUCUUGACUUUCAAUCAGUGAGAAUUAUUCAAGAGGAUGCUGCUGAGGACAGUGCCAGUGACCUUUCUGACUCAGAAAGAAUUCCCAUUCCCCCUUCCCCCUGCACACUGCCAGAACUCAACCUCAGAGCUGAAGAAAUUGACCCAGCAUGUUUUGAACACCUCUUUGAUGCAGGGUAUAAAGAAUCAAUGUAUUAUUAUCCUGACUUCCUCCCACCUCCUUUCAACUCCUGGGACCUGCAGCAGCUGGCAAUGUUUGUUAACACAGAGUGUAAAUCGGAAUCUCGACCACAACCAGCAGGAUUUAUUGAGAAAUAUAUCGAUCGGCUUUUGCAGCUGGAGUGGCUGCAGGUGCAAACUAUACAGAACGAGAAAGGAAAGACAGCCAAAACUAGGCCUCAGACGGCUCCUAGUAUCAUUCGGACCCUAAAAAGCCCUGGCAAAGGCAAAUCAUUGCAUAGCCCUUCGCCUAACAAGCAGUUAACUCCCAAAGAAAGUGUGAUAAAGCUCCCCACCAGCCUUUCAGGUCACAGAAGAGAUGUACACUGUGAAGAAAAUAGCCAGUUAAAUGCAUAUCCAAGUCACUCAAAAGUUGCUGAGGUUAUGGGUGGCACGUCAUCCCCACAGACACGUGCCUGUGAAAUGAGGAAUGAGGUAAAAAAGAGGUCAGCCACCAAGCAGCAACUUCUCAAUAUGCAGCCCUGUGCAAGCAGCUCUAAGAUUCAGGAUGUUGGUAUUCAGGAUAUUGGUAACAUUAGACCCCUCAAACAAUGUCCCAAGUUCCAUAGUUCAGCUGCCCCCACCCAGGGGCAAAAAACACAGGCAUGUUCAAAUCUGAAGAAGAAUGGAAAUGCUAAUAAUUAUGUUCCUUCCAAGAAACCAACAGGGGACAGGAAGUUAAAAACAAAUGGUGUGAAGCAAACAUCAUGUACAUUUAAAUAAUGAAGAAGAAUUAAUUAGUAAUUUGGCAAUGCAAUGCUGACUGCUGGAGAGUGGAGGGGCCAUGGUUUUUCCAUCAGGAAAUCCUGUAGAAAAUUGUUCUUGCUGCAAAUUUCUGCACAUUUAAGUACAUUGGACCUUAAACUAGCAGGGCCAACAGGGAAUAUUUUUCUCUGAAGACAGAUGUCUUCCACUGGUCUUUACUCAAAGGGUAGACACUUGCUUAUGUAAGAAGAUUCUAGCUAAUAAAGUUAGGAAAACAUAAAAUGUCUGAUUUCUUCUCACACUGACACCCAUGUAACUUCAUUGACUUCAGUGGAGUUACUCCUGAUUUACAUUGGUGUAUGUGAGAGGAGAAUCAAAUCCAUACACUCUCCAUUGAGCAGACACACACGUAUGCCAUAUAGGGUGAGACAGAUUUGCUUUUCUUUCUGAUGGAGAAGAGUUUAGUUGAUUUUAUAAGAGAAUGGAACUGGCCAGGCUCAUCUAUGCAAAGUUAAAGUCUCUGAUUCUUGAGGGAAGAGCACAAAAUCGGACUGUUUGGGGAGCAGAGAAUGUUUUGAAGUAAUCUUCUGAGUCAGAAGAGAUUCUACUAGUUAAAAUCAUACCGCUGCUAAAGGACUGACAUCCGCUCAUCUGGUGAUAGGCCAAGGAUAUGGCCUGAAUAUUUUUAUACAGCUACCUUUGUUGUAGUCUUAGACCAUUUUCCUUAAAGUCCACCUUGUAGGUCUUGCUGCUUUAUGUUAUUUAGAAGGUGACCCUCUUACCACUAUUACCACUCAAGCAAGAGAUCUUGGAGUCAUCCUGCUUAGUUCUCUGAAAA